AUGGCUUCAUUACAAACAUACGGAAACCGUCACAAUGAAAAGAGACCCGCAAGUCCAGAACCCGAAACACAACUCAACUCGGCAGCAACUUCGAUCCGUGCUGGCAAAGAGAGCCACGAUGUCGAGAGUGGUAGUGGAGGUCAUGGUCACGUCGACAUCAACGAUCCCAACCGACCUCGAUACGGAUUCAAGGAGAGACUUCAUCACUUUACCUGGGCCUGGUAUACAUUUCCCAUGAGCACGGGCGGUUUAUCUCUUCUCAUCUUUGCUCAACCACAUCAGUUUCCUGGACUCCGGCAAAUCGGUCUCUUUGUUUAUAUCCUCAACAUUCUCAUCUUUACCUGCAUCACUACUCUCAUGAUUGCUCGAUUCUUUCUACACCGCGGCGACUUUACCAGAUCCCUCUCUCACCCUCGCGAGGGCUUCUUUUUUCCAACAUUUUUCCUCUCGGUCGCUACUCUCAUAACCAGUACUCAACGAUACGCCAUACCCGACAAUGAUGUGGCCCUCACCUGGGCCAUCAAGACGGUCUUUUGGGGUUAUGUCAUAGUCACGCUCAUUCUGGCCAUUGGACAGUACAGUUUCGUCUUUGCCUCGCACAGCUUUGGCCUGCAGACCAUGAUGCCGACCUGGAUCUUGCCCAUCUUUCCCAUUAUGCUGUCGGGUACCAUAGCCUCGGUCAUUGCUUCGACUCAACCCGACAUUGAUGCCGUGCCCAUUGUAGUUGGUGGUCUCACCUGCCAGGGCCUGGGUAUCUCGGUUUCCUUCAUGAUGUAUGCUCACAUGGUUGGUCGACUAAUGCAAGCUGGUCUACCCAACCGCGAGCAUCGUCCUGGUUUGUUCAUGUGUGUCGGACCUCCAUCUUUUACAGCUCUCGCAUUCAUUGGCAUGGCAAACGGCCUUCCCAACAAAUUCGACCCCAACGGAGAUGGCAUGAUUGACGCCGAAAUCAUUCGCAUCUUUGCCUCGAUUGGCGCCAUCUUCCUCUGGGCCCUGGCUCUGUGGUGGUUCUUUGUCGCCGUCAUCGCCGUCAUUGCCUCUCCUCCAAAGUACUUUCACCUCGGCUGGUGGGCCAUGGUGUUCCCCAACACGGGCUUUAUCCUGGCCACCAUUUCCAUUGGCAACGAGCUGCAAAACGAGGUCGUCCUCUACUUUGCCAACGGCAUGUCGAUACUGCUGCUCUGCACCUACUUUUUUGUCCUGUACAAUCUCGUACGGGCUGUUUGGAUUCAGGACAUCAUGUACCCGGGACGGGACGAGGAUGUCGAGGAUCAUUAA